AUUGUUAAAUUCCAGUUAAAAAUCAAUUGAAACCAGUUGGAAAAUCCAACUUGUUUCAAUUGGAUUUUGGUCCUGGGGUUGGGGGGCCAAGCCGGCCUGCGUCCCCCUUUGAAUUUAAGUGAAGACCCUGUUUGUUUGUUUGUUUUGUUUUGUUUUUUUGCUUGUCAAAUUUUUGUGUGGAUGAAAUGUCCUUAAUUUUUGGUUAAAACCUUUUUUAUUUUUGCUUGUCAUAUUUUUCCUUGGAAAAUGUGCCAUCCCCCUCUUUUUGGAAAAUCCUGGAUUCGCCCCUCAUUAUCGAGACAUGAGCAAUUUACUUACGAGCAAAACAUGAUGUUGCAGGUAGAAAGGUUGGGGUCACAACGAAUGAAAAUGGAUUCUUGGACGUAGCUUUCAUUUUCUCAAAAGAAUACACAGGUGCACUCAAGCAUGUAGCAUUUGGUGGAUACCAAGAAUGCAUUGGCUUUACGUGAAAGUGAAGCGAUAGUACUCGGCGAAUCUCCUUGAAUAACUGAGUGCAGUGAGGUAAGUCUUUCUGGCCUUUGUUCGAACAUGGACCAAUUUGCAAUAGGUCCAUGUAGACAUACCUUGAACGAGUGUCAGUAUGAAUCGAAUCUGCUCUUUUCUGCAUUCAAAGUUUAAAACAUGCAGUUUGCACAAAGUUGUUGGUAUACAUGCAUGGCCUAGGGACGAAAGGUAGAUAUUUCUACGCGGUUGCAUAGAACAACAGGAAUGGAACAAUCCCAUCGUUACAAUACCCCAAUCACUAACUGGAAGUGGGGUUACGCUAUCUUACUCUCCAAGUUCGUGAUCAAUAUGUGGUGUGGCAUCCCCAAAUCCUUUGGUGUUAUCCUCCCUGAGAUGGUUGAUAGAUUCAGCGCGAAUUACGCUACUUUAGGAUUCAUCUGCAGUAUUCCUGGUACAAUCACGCUCUUUUUAGGUCCCUUUACUUCCUUGUUGCUUGAGAGGGUCGAUCAUCGUGUUGCUGCUAUGUCAGGAGCGGUAAUAAUAGCAGUGUGUCUAAUAUCAUGUGGCUUCACUUACAACCUCACUGUUUUCGGUGUGCUUCUCGGACUUACAGGUGUAAGAUCCUUUGUAUAUUUACCAAUUACGCUCCAGUUGAACAAAUAUUUUAAGGAGAACUUUGUUUUGGCCAAUACCCUAGCAUCAUUCGGUAUAACAACGGGGAUAAUGUUCUUACCUAUCAUUACUGAACGAUCGCUGGAAGCUUACGGUUAUCAAGGGGUGUUUCUGAUACUUGGGGGAAUCAUGCUUCAUUUGGUGGCAGCGGCAGCCGUUAUUCGAAAACCGAUAUACAAUACCAGAGACCAUGUCACUGAGCAGGCUUCUUCUGAUAAAGAUGCAUCUAAGGUUUGCUGUCAUGAACUUUGCGACGGUGAAGAAUGCAGCCUAAAGAUUGAAGGAAGUCAACAAGAUAAAAGGACGACAGGUGAAUCAAGAAAGGAUGCAACUGAGAUUGAUGAACAAGAGGGAUUAUUAUCAUAUGGCGAUGGAGAUAUUCACCGAAAUGAGCAGCAACAUAGUGGAAGCAAUCCUGACAUGCCUGAAGAGCAGCACAGCAGGUUGACCACUGAUGAUCAUCAGGAUCAUGGUGAUGGUUCUCAUGAAACAUUCUGCUCGCUAUUAAUAUCACGCUGUAAACCCUUCCUGGCCAAUGAAGCCCUUUUCUUGAUAUGCAUCCCAUCGUAUCUCUUUAAUGUUUAUGCUUUCGACGCUUGGGUAUUGUUCCUGGUGCCUCACGCAGAAGACCUCGGAAUCAGUUCAUCCAGGGCCGUUUUUCUGUCUUCAAUUGGUGGUGUCGGCGGAUUAAUUGGCAGAUUGAUUGUAGUCGUUUUACUCGUUAGGAAAAUCGACAUGAUCAAAAUUUAUAUCGUAGUCGGUUUUAUAACCAGUUUGACAUUUUUCUUGGAUUUUACCGAUGAAUCGUUCCUUGUUCGUUCAGUCUGGGCAUUUAUUCAGGGAGUCUGCUUUUUCAUACAGGACACGUCCGGUGCAACUUAUCUGAAAUUCGUUCUGAGAGAUGAAAGCAACUUCGGUUUCGGCCUUGGGCUGAUACUGCUGGCUCAUGGUUUUGGCAGUAUCUCUUCUGGAAUUUUCACAGGCACCUUGCUGGAUUUCACACAGUCCUACACCAAAGUCUUCAUGAUAACUGGAAUCAGUAGCGCAUGUUUCACCGUCAACGUAACAGUCAUAUAUCUACUCUUGAAAAGGAGAUCGGAUACCGAGUCAGUUUUUAACAAAUCUGCGUAAUUCUUCCAAGGAUUAAUGCACCUGAGGCUGUUCCUCGAUCUGCUUUAUACAAGGAUUCCCCUUCUUUCUGACUCAAUUAAUCUCCUAUACACCUGCAUCUUCUGGGAAAGAUUAUCUCACUUAUGAUCAGGACAGAAUUGAGCACAUGAUCACCCGGCAGGAUCUUUUCGAGUGUUUCCUGCCAGUAGCCUACUAUUUCUACUAUUUACGUCCUCAAGGUACUUCUAGCGAAGUACCCGACUCGUACCUGACAUUGAAGUACACACGCAGUGGAAAGUAAGGCCCUUGCAUCCCUCUCCGAAGGAACCGCCCUUAAGUCGUCCCUUCUUCUGAUAUUGACUUGGCGCCUCCUAAUCGUGUAUUCCCAUCCGUCAUUCACCCUGCACAUCGGUCGAGAAAUUAUUUUUCCCAUCUCGGAUCCGCACAUCAAUACAGGACUUUCGUCUUUGGAAUAAGACUACGUAUGCACUCGGACUAUAUGGAAAAUCGUGGUCGUUUGCGUUGCUAUCAACACCCUCAAAUUGCCGGUGCCCUUGUAAAGGUUUUAGGUAUAUGGCGUAAACUCUAUCUCAUAUCUGGAUCUGUCUAAUGUCGGCAGCCGACUAAUGCCAUGGUUAGCUUAGAGCUGCGCCUGCUGGUUAAUUCCGAACUU